CAUAACCUCAAAAUAAGUUAAAGUUCAAGUGUGCGGGUAAUCGUAUUUCAACUGUGAUCUCUGUGAUUCCUCAAAAAACCUAUAAGAAAAUGCCCCCAAGAUGGUUAGAGAGAAGUCUCUCGAAUUAACUUUAGUCAUAAUAAAACCACACGUUAUUAAAAACAAAUGCGCCCUGGUGCGAAUUCGCGAAGCAAUUAUCGGGAAUGAUUUUCAAAUUGUCCGGAAUGAGAGAAUUGCCCUCAGUCGGGCAUCUGCGGAAAAUUUCUACGCUGAACAUUCCGGGAAGUUCUUCUACCAGCGCCUUGUAACCUUCAUGAGUAGUGGACCAUCAGAUGUGUACAUUCUAACCAGGGAGAAUGCCAUUGCAAAGUGGAGGGAACUUCUGGGUCCCACUAAGGUCUACAAAAGCAUUAUAUCACAUCCUGAGAGUAUAAGGGGACGAUUUGGCAUUUCAGACACAAGGAAUGCAGCUCAUGGAUCAGAUUCAAAAGAGACUGCUGAGAAGGAGAUUAAGUUCUUCUUUUCAGACUUUAACAUUAAGCGGUGGUUCCAGGAGGAAGAGAUGCUGUUCAGGAUGAGGAAGACAGUCUUCAAUGAAGAAAAGUUCCUUCAUGAGAUUCAGGAUAAAACUUAGUUUUUAAUAAAUUGUUAGAGAAUAGAAAAAAAUAAAAUUGUUUUCCGUUAAAACUCCUGAGUAUUA